GUCAGUUUAUCGCUGCCUGCGCAAGGUUUGUCCUAUUAGGCGCGCCAGGGUACUCUGCGGCUCCGGGACGAGGGCGGGGCCACGCUAGUGUUCCGGUUCGGCUCCAGCCGCCCCUCGGCUCCUAGCCUUCCCCCUCCCCUCCGCCUUCUCCCCUCCCUCCCGCUCCUGGGAAAGAGAGAAACCACCGCUGCGGGUGGGUAGAGAAGCCCUCCGCGCCUCGGGGAGGGGACCGGGCCCGCCUCAUUUGCGCCUUGCAGCACUGCUGGAUCAGGUUACAAGAUGUUCAACUAAGCCUGAGACCUAGUGACUACAUUUCAUACAGGAACAAAUCAAUGGUUUUUCAUCUCCCGGAGAUACAUUAGAAACAAAUAUGGUGCUAAAAGAACUCCUUACCUUUCUCUGACUACAAUUUAUUUGGACAUACUUUUGUAUUGAAGAGAGGUAUACACACUGAAGCUACUUGCUGUACGGAGACUUUGUCCUGUAGGAUCAUGGACCAUCCUAGUAGGGAAAAGGAUGAAAGACAACGGACAACUAAACCCAUGGCACAAAGGAGUGCACACUGCUCUCGACCAUCUGGCUCCUCGUCAUCCUCUGGGGUUCUUAUGGUGGGACCCAACUUCAGGGUUGGCAAGAAGAUAGGGUGUGGGAACUUCGGAGAGCUCAGAUUAGGUAAAAAUCUCUACACCAAUGAAUAUGUAGCAAUCAAACUGGAACCAAUAAAAUCACGUGCUCCACAGCUUCAUUUAGAGUACAGAUUUUAUAAACAGCUUGGCAGUGCAGGUGAAGGUCUCCCACAGGUGUAUUACUUUGGACCAUGUGGGAAAUAUAAUGCCAUGGUGCUGGAGCUCCUUGGCCCUAGCUUGGAGGACUUGUUUGACCUCUGUGACCGAACAUUUACUUUGAAGACGGUGUUAAUGAUAGCCAUUCAGUUGCUUUCUCGAAUGGAAUAUGUACACUCAAAGAACCUCAUUUACCGAGAUGUCAAGCCAGAGAACUUCCUGAUUGGUCGACAAGGCAAUAAGAAAGAACAUGUUAUACACAUUAUAGACUUUGGACUGGCCAAGGAAUACAUUGACCCCGAAACCAAAAAACACAUACCUUAUAGGGAACACAAAAGUUUAACUGGAACUGCAAGAUAUAUGUCUAUCAACACGCAUCUUGGCAAAGAGCAAAGCCGGAGAGAUGAUUUGGAAGCCCUAGGCCAUAUGUUCAUGUAUUUCCUUCGAGGCAGCCUUCCCUGGCAAGGACUCAAGGCUGACACGUUAAAAGAGAGAUAUCAAAAAAUUGGUGACACCAAAAGGAAUACUCCCAUUGAAGCUCUCUGUGAAAACUUUCCAGAGGAGAUGGCAACCUACCUUCGAUAUGUCAGGCGAUUGGACUUCUUUGAAAAACCUGAUUAUGAGUAUUUACGGACCCUCUUCACAGACCUCUUUGAAAAGAAAGGCUACGCCUUUGACUAUGCCUAUGAUUGGGUUGGGAGACCUAUUCCUACUCCAGUAGGGUCAGUUCACGUAGAUUCUGGUGCGUCUGCAAUAACUCGAGAAAGCCACACACACAGGGAUCGGCCAUCACAACAGCAGCCUCUUCGAAAUCAGAAUACAUCAUCAGAGCGCCGAGGAGAAUGGGAAAUUCAGCCCAGCCGGCAGACCAAUACCUCAUACCUGACGUCUCACUUGGCUGCAGACCGCCAUGGGGGAUCAGUGCAGGUGGUUAGCUCAACCAAUGGAGAGCUGAAUGUUGAUGAUCCCACAGGAGCCCACUCCAAUGCACCAAUCACAGCUCAUGCCGAGGUGGAGGUAGUGGAGGAAGCUAAAAACUUUCUCCAGUUUUUGAUAACAUUGGAUGUAGGAAUACCAAGGAGUCUAACUAAAAAGAGGGGAUCUUGGCUACAGUGAAAUGCCUAGGGGUAUGGGAAGUAAGUAACAGCCUUUAUUUCCAUAUGAAAAAUGCUGGAAUUACACCUGCGAUGAUUAGGCAAGAGACCCAAAGAUAGUUUUCUCAGAAAAGCUUUUCUUUCAAGGGUCUAGCAAGUCUGAGCUAUGCUUCCAACUUUACUGCCCUCCAUCAUCCUGCAUCUUUGACUCAUCCACCACCUUCUGUCCCUUUCAUUCUCAUUCCCCAUGUGUCAGCUCCCUGGAAAGGACAUAUCUUGUGCACCUUGCCACAGUACUCAUUACCCGCUUCUGGACUGCCUGAGCAAGAGUGAUACUUCCUAUUCUAAAGACAGGAGUGAGGAGCGGGGAUACUCAGACUUAGGGAUGUGCCAGAACUGUGGCUAGUCCCCAGGGAGCAGAACUUGGAGGACUCAUAAAGGAGCCAGCCCCACCUCCAUCUCAAACAGGGCCAGUUCAUAAACCCCAUCUGGCACAGCAGCAAUCUCAGGAAGCUAAACUGGGGAGUGCCCUGUAUCUCACUCCCUAAAUUGGGGAGUGAGAGCAUCCCGAUGGUCAGCUCCUGGGCUGUGACAGUGGUCCCCUCCAGAUGAAAAGGGGGAGCUGUACUGAUGUCAGUCAGGAGAUGUGGCUCACAGUCAUUAUUAGAGUCAGGGCCUCUCCUGCCUACUUCAGGUACUUGGGUGAGGGCAGAGAGGGGGAUAGAGAGAAUCCUUAAUCCUUCAUUGGUAACAUCCUGAGAUCCUCCUAGAGUUCCAGACAUCAUACUUAUCACGGGAUUUGUUUGCCUUAAUUUAGCCUCCCUGCCCUCUGGCCAGUGAGUUGCAUUAAAUAAUUGUGCCCUCAGUAUCAAGGAGUAGACAAUGUAGACUAUUUUUAUGCAGCCCUGAGGAUCCCCAGUCUUGGCUCUUGAUAAGGUGAGGCAUCUGGGUUGGGUGCUAAAGUAUGAACCUUCUUCAUCCUCCUUCCAGUAAUGCCUAUUUCAGCCCUGCCUAGCCAGCACCAUCUUAUAAUUAGGUAGGAUGACUGCAGAUUGAAAUCAAGCAGCUAUUUCCUUUGGCUUUUCUGGCAGACACUGCCCACUGCCUCCAGUGCGUGCACUGUAGAUGGUGGGCGGUCCCUAUGGGUGGGUGCCAGGGGGAAAAUUCCACCCCCUUCAGUAAGCAGAAGCAGGCAGAAGUCUGCUGGAAGCUGCAGGCCUCCCGCACUGACUUGCAAUGUUCCUUGUGCUCCAGGUGCUGCUGUUUCUUUAAGAGGAAAAGGAAGAAGACUGCUCAGCGCCACAAGUGACCAGUGCCUCCCAGGAGUCCUCAGGCCCUGGGGACUCUGACUCAAUUGUACCUGCAGCUCCUGCCAUUUCUCAUUGGAAGGGACUCCUCUUUGGGGGAGGGUGGAUAUCCAAACCAAAAAGAAGAAAACAGAUGCCCCCAGAAGGAGCCAGUGUGGGCAGCCAGGGCCUAGUGGGUCAUUGGCCAUCCCCGCCUGCCUAAGGCUCUGAGCAGGUCCCAGAGCUGCUGUUCCUCCACUGCUUGCCCAUAGGGCUGCCUGGUUGACUCUCCUUCCCAUUGUUUACAGUGAAGGUGUCAUUCACAAAAACUCAAGGACUACUAUUCUCCUUCCUCCCCUUAGUUUACUCCUGGUUUUUACCCCACCCUCAACCCUCUCCAGCAUAAAACCUAGUGAGCUAAAGACUUUAUUUGCAGAAGGAGAUCAAGAGGCUGGGGGUAAGGCCAAGAAGGUAGGAGGAAAAUGGAGACCUGGGCUGGAGAAGAACCUUCUCCGUGUCCCAGGUGUGCCUGGCAGUAUGGUUUCCUCUUCCUCUGUGCCUGUGCAGCAUUCAUCCCAGCUGGCCAUGGGGUUCAGGUUCCUUCUUCCCUCCCUCCUGUGAAGUUACACUGUAGGACACAAGCUGUGAGCAAUCUGCAGUCUACUGUCCCUGUGUGUUGGCGUUCUUAGCUUUUUUGACAAACUCUUUUUUCCAGGCGGUAGUAGGACAAUGAAAAUUGUUCUGAGCAAAGGAAAGAAAACUGACUUUGUUGCACUUUUAGUUUUUUUUUAAAAAAACAAAAACAAAAACAUGGCAGAUGCAUAUUGUGUCUGGUUAUAUUGGGAGUUUCACUUUUACCUGUUUUGAGGGGGAUGGGGCCAGCCAAGCCAUUCAGAGAGAACAUGGGUCCAGAGGACAUUCUCAGUGGAAAGAGUUUGAUCUGCACCACCCAGAAGAGAAGCCAAACUCGGUGUCAUUCUGAGUGAACACUCAGGUUGGCAAGAAAACAUACUUGAAUUUUCAUUCAUCUUCUCAGCAGCUGAAGAAUGUCCCUACCAGAGCAUCUUGACCUAAUCAGCUUACAGUUUGAAAACCUAGCUCUCCAGCACAUGAGAUGAGCCAGCCGAACCAGACUGUGACCAGGAAACAGCUCAUCCCAGAGAAGGAGAUGCUUAACAACAAAAAAAAAAUAAUAAUGAAAUUGUUUCUUCUGCUGCCAGGGACUUCCAACUAGAUAGCCAUGUGAUUUCCUGGUGACUUGGGGGACAAAUUAGUGAUGAAACAGCCACCACCAUAUUGCCAUUAGUGGAAAAAAAGAGGAGGACAGUGAACCUACCUUCCACCUGCCAGAGGGACCUCGGGGUGUGGCAUUAUAGGGCCAGGAAAAGAAAAUCAGUGUAUCCUAUCUCCUCCAAUAGCUGAGCUGUAGCAUUUGGGCUGGCCUGCCUUAUCAGAAACCAAGCUUAUGAAGAUCUUCUCCCAGCAGGUCCAUAGCAGUAAGCUUAGGAUGCGGUAUAUGGGGCUGCAUUUAAAAGGAGGGAAAGAUUGAUUGGUGCUGGAAUAUUCCAGGGAAAAGGAAACUGGAGUGAAAGGUCUGAAAUUAUCUUCUCAACUGGACAUAGACUCCUUCCAGAAAGGUGGCCAUGCCUCUAAGCAUGUUUUCCCCAGUAUGCCCUCGGCCUCCCCCCGUGGUGUUUUCAUAGGAGGUACUACUGUGAAGGAUCUUGGUUCCUCAUUCACUGUUUGACAAGUCUUUCAUGUGGGAAGUUACUCUUCUCAUACCCAAUUUUCAUUUGAGUUUAGUAGCUUAACCAAACAAUGACUGCCCAUUCCAGAGGUGACAGAAGAGAAAGGGUCAUUUACAUCAGGAAAGACGUCUUAUAUCUGGGAGUAGAGAGCCAACCAUGGAGCACAGUGGCUGGUGGGUGACUUAGUCUGAUGGUUUGUGGAGCAUAGAAGUCUUCGCCUCUAGCUUGAGGUGUAGGGCUAUCUUUUGGACUGGAGGGUGUGGGGAUAUUUUCUGGUAGUUGCCAUUUCUUGAAAAAUUCCCUUGAUGUACCUUGCACAGAGCAGAAAUAGCAUUAACAGUAUCAGAGGUACUGGGCUUCAUCUGUUCCGUUGGAUCUUGGCUAGGGAAUAUCAUUUCACUUGCAUCAAACCUGCUUAGCUUAUGGAAAGAUGGUAAUAUGUCAUUUCUAUAAAUGUUUCUAUAUAUGGAACAUAGAGUGGCAGGGAGAUGCCGUAUCACACCCCUUCCCCACAAGGACUGUGAAUAUUGGGAUUUAUGUCCUUGCCAUUACCUAGUGGUUACAGCCAUGUCACUAAGAUUUACAUCAUUUCUCAGUUGGGAUUUCGGCAAUGCUAACUUACUGUAUAGAAAGUUUAACUUUUCCUCACCCCUGUAUAGAAAAUGCCUUGCCUCUCAAGAGAGGGCAGAAGGGGGCCAGGCGCAGUGGCUCAUGCCUGUAAUCCCAGCGCUUUGGGAGGCCGAGGUGAGUGGAUCACAUGAAGUCAGGAGUUCGAGACCAGCCUGGCCAACGUGGUGAAACCCCAUCUCUACAAAAAAUACAAAAAUUAGUCGGGCGUGGUGGCAUGCACCCGUAGUCCCAGCUACUCGGGAGGCUGAGGGAGGAGAAUCACUUGAGCCUGGGAGGCAGAAGUUGCAGUGAGCCAAGAUCACGCCACUGCACUCCAGCCUGGGCAACAGAGUGAGACUCUGUCU